UCCAGGGCUGAUGGAAUUUCAGACUGCUUGUUUCGGAUCUGUCCAGUCAAUCGAUAUGCCGCGCAAAAGCAGUACUGGGCAGAGCAGAAGAAGUAUCAAGCAGGCGAAUCACUUUUUGAAGAAGAUAUGCUGAAUAAGCUGAAACAUGCGGCGGACAAGGAAAAAGAACAAAAUGACAUGGAGUAUCAAAAAAUGCUCGGUGUCAAUGUGCAGUACGGCGGCACUGUUCAGCUAUUGCACGUCAAAUCGGAUAAAUAUCUAACCGUGUUGAAGAAUUCACCUGCCAGGCUGGAGCGUAACGCGAUGAAAGUAUAUCUGGAUAAGAACGGCAACGAGGGAUCCUGGUUUUACGUAGAGCCAGUUUACAAGCAUUCUUUCCUUGGUGACAAUGUGAAUGCUGGUGAUCGAAUCAGUUUAGUGCCGUAUUCAUAUAGUCCAACAUCGACCACAUCAGGGCACAUCAAACCUCAAUUACAUUUGUCACAUAUGAGGUUGCCAGAUUAUCAAGCUGGAUUCGAAGUAAACUGCUUGAACGAAUUGACUGAGUGGCAGGUUUUUAUGUUUUUGCAGUUUGAUGAGAACCACAACAACAUCUUAAAAUCCGGAGAUGUUGUGCGCCUUUUUCAUGCUGAUCAGCAAACAUUCUUAACGCUGGAUUCGGUGCCAGUGAAAUUCGAGGAUGUCGUGUUUCUGCGCUUAACAAAUCGUCCGUCCGCUGCCGAUGCCACUUCAUCUCGUGCUUUAUGGGAAGUACAGGUCGUUCAACCAGAGGCAUACCGUGGAGCAGCAGCGUCUUGGAUGGAGCGAUUUCGAUUCAAACAUCUGGCAACGGAUAUGUACCUAAGCGUUGAACGUAUGCGUUCUGGAAAAACAAAAAGCGGGCAAUGA